AUGGCAGCUCCUACUUCUGCAAUGAGUAUGGACUCUGCUUCUGCUCAAGUGAAAAGACUCAUUGCUGCGCAACUCAAACAAGUCUGCAAAGGAGCAAGCCUACCAGUCUCAGGCGCAAAAGCUGCGUUGCAAUCUAGAAUCAUCUCGCAGCUCCAAUACUAUCUUUCACAGAACGACUAUGAGGCCUUCCAUAGACUCAAAAGCCUCGUCUUUAAUCCAACUUUAGAUCAGUCAAUACCCCUCAGCUCUGCAAGAACCAUGCCUCACAACCCUAUGGCAACCCCGCAGCGUCAUCUCCCUAACUCUUUUGGUGUCACCCCGAUAUCGUAUGGAACAGCUCAACCGCUGGGCGCAUCUGCACAGAGGUCCCAGCUUAAUUUCAAAGAGAGUCCAUUCACAAGGCACAUAACGGUAUUGUCAAAGGUGCACAAGCUGGAAGCUCGCGAAGCUACGCGAGACACUUUUAGAGAUCCCUUGAACUUGACUCAAGAUGUUGUCACGAUGCUCAACGACGACAAUAACACAAGGGUAAUGGUAUACUGUGCGGCAGACGUUGGACCAUCACCUUUCACCCUAUUGGACGUAGCAUUCCCUCAACAAGUCGAGCUGAAAGUCAACGGAGAUGAUGUCAAGGCGAAUCUUAGGGGGCUGAAAAACAAACCUGGUACUACACGCCCCGCAGAUAUUACCGGACUUUUAAGGAAACGUGCGGGCUAUAACAACGAACUUCUUAUCACCUAUGCGCUGACGAAAAAUCGCUUUAACUUGGUGGUGAAUCUAGUCAAGCAAAUUCCCGUCGAAAGCCUCGUGUUGGAACUCAAACAAGGCAAGCUGAUCUCAAAAGAUAGAGUCUUGCGUGAAAUGCAAAGCCGGGCGGAGGACCAAGACAUUGUCGCUACAUCAUCAGUCCUUUCUUUAAAGUGCCCGUUAUCGUAUAUGAGAAUCGAUGUUCCAUGUCGCUCAACGGUUUGUAAACACAAUCAGUGUUUUGAUGCGACUUCUUUCCUGCAACUACAGGAGCAGGCACCGACAUGGAGUUGCCCUGUCUGCCACGAGAACGUUAAAUUUAGCAACUUACAGGUUGACCAAUAUGUGGAGGAUAUACUGAAGUCAACGCCACGCUCAGUAGACCAAGUUACCAUUGAGCCAAGCGGACAUUGGAGCAUCAAAGGUGAGGAGAAACCCCUAUUAAGCUCAAGCAAGAGACAAACUAGUUAUGAGUCCGAUAAAGACCUGGUGGAGAUUGACGAACCGCCAUGUGGAAAGACAGUCAAAAGCGAAUAUAGUCAGCAACCAAACAUGCUAAGUACGCCUCCAGUAUCGUCGCGGGAGCCCUCAACAUCAACAGGAAAACAAUCCUUUGGUGGCAACAAACGCCCAGCACCAUACGCAGCAGAUGUCAUUGAUCUUUGUACUGACUCCGAAGAUGGAGAGCCUGUAAGGACGCCAAAGCGGCGGCAGACGGCACCCUUAACAAACGGCGCGCCUAGCAGCAAUACUUCUGACGAAAUACAGUUCACUGAUGGUGCAGCCUCACCAUACCCACCGAAGCACCCGUCAUAUUCCUCCAACUUCUACCCUCCACGAAAUCAAUACCCGCCCACAGGUUAUCCACGACCUUACGACCAGCCCUCAAGCUACUGA